AGUCUUUGACCUUAGCUGUACAGAUCUCCAUUAUUUGGUUCAACCGUGCACGGCGAUUAAGAGUGGGGCUUCCGGAGUAAACCAGGAACAGGCUAUCUUAAUGAAAUCCAUCGAAGUGCGGAGCCACUGCUGCUGCUGACUCCUGCGGUAUACCAGUAUAAUCAUCUAUAGCUGUCGGAGAUGAUAUCCGCUACGAGCUGAAACGGAACGGUACGACGAUCGGACACACCUGGAAUAUAACCAAAGCAGUCUCGACCAGCCAGCCACGCUCCAUCGAAAAUUCAGUUUUACUGGAAAUACAGCAGUCCUUUUGAUGGGAUCUUAUUUUGCCUUUAUUAGAGAAGAGAAGCCAUUCCUGUGGGGUUUAUUUCAUGGGGAUGUGUUCAAGACAAGAGAGAAUACAAAAAGACGUCGACAUCGUAAUUCAAAAGUGCAAGGCAGAGAAAGACUGCCUUUUCUCUGAUUUCAGAUACACUGACGCCACCUUCACCUUCACCUAUUCCAAAGGCUCCAGAAGGGUGUCCUACUCUGUGCACGUCUCUGAUGACUACCCAGACAACACGUACGUGUCAAACUCUGAGAACGAGGAGGAAGUUGUAGUCACCAGAGACCCGAUCCCCGCCAUCUUCCACAGAAUAGCAACAGAGAUUAGGGUCAAUAAUGACGCCAACUGCUGCCUGUCCAUCAAGUCAAAACUUCAGAUAGACAAGAACCAGUGCCACUAUGCCAUAGAGGAGGACUCUGAGGGGGAUGCUGACUCGGAGGAGUUUUACUAUGGAGGGCAGGUGAACUCUGAUGGCGAGCUCCACAAGCACCCCCAGUUGGAGGCGGACCUGGCGGCGGUCCGGGAGAUGUACGGACACCACGCAGUAUCUCUCAGGGAAUAUGGUGCCAUUGACGAUGUGGACAUUGAUCUCCACAUCGACGUCAGUUUCCUAGAUGAGGAAAUAGCCCUAGCGUGGGACGUGAUCCGGAGGGAGCCGGUGAUCGUGCGUCUCCACUGCUCUCUGACACAGUACCUGAACGGACCGGUCCCCACAGUGGACGUGUUCCAGACGUCCACUAAAGACCGGUUUGGACUGGGACAUCAGAUGAAGAAGAUAAUGCAGACGUUUGUCACCCAGCAGUGGAAACACCAAAGUAAAGAGAAGCUCAACUGCCCUCACAACAAAAACAAGGGUGACAAGAAGGUCAAGUCUCCCCUCCACAUCUUCUCAACGCUCCGCAGGCACUUUCUGUAUCUGAAAGGAUCAGAUAGAUCUCCCAGCUACCCGCCUCCCGGCUGCGUCAAGAGCAAGAAGAAGCUGAAGCCAGAACAAGAUGGCGUCUCUAAAUCCCACCGCCUUCUCCGCCGGACGUGCACCAGCACCGUCAAACAGCAGGUCGAGGCGGACGGCUGCGACCCCGCGGUCCCUGGGACCAAGACCACCCACCGUCUCCUGGGCCAUUCCCUGUCCAGCGGAGACCCCCGUAUGGACCACGGACCACUGCCUCUCAAACCCCACCGCCUGGGCAGGCCCUGCACGGCUGUGGUCAAACCAGAGGACCUCCGCCCCGCUCCCCACAAGCUCCUGCCUCGCUCGUGCUCCGGCGACCCCCGCUGUGAGCACCCGGGGGUGGGAGGAAGUGGGAUGGGCCUGGGUAGUGGAGGGAGUGUAGGUAGUCUUGGGGGAGGUGGUGGUGGUGGGGGUAGUCUCGGGGGAGGUAGUCUCGGGGGAUGUUUGAAGCACCACAGGCUGCUCAGUAGGUCGUGCUCUGGUUCUAUCAGGACGGAGGAGCUGGAUGGACUGAAACACCACCACCUGCUCAGCAGGUCCUACUCCAGCAGUACCAAGAUGGGCAAGGCUGUGGACAUCUUCAAGGACUCUGUGGCUCCGUCCGAGGGGAGGCGGCUCUCUCUUACCUCAGGGCUCAUCGGGAUCCUCGCCCCUUCGCUCGCCACACCACCGCCGCCAAACAAUGGGGCCAAGUCCAUACCGAUAAAAGACAGAGGUUUCCUUGUCCAGACCAUGGAGUAUGCUGAGCAGAGGACUCCGGUCCUGAAUGAGUUCUGUGUGGUGUGUGACGAACCACAUGUGUUCCAGAACGGACCCAUGCUCAGACCCACAGUGUGUGAACGGGAGCUGUGUGUGUUUGCCUUUCAAACACUGGGGGUGAUGAAUGAGGCAGCCGACGAGAUCGCCACAGGAGCUCAGGUGGUGGAUCUGUUGGUGUCCAUGUGCAGGUCGGCUCUAGAGUCCCCCAGGAAAGUUGUCAUCUUUGAGCCAUAUCCCUCCGUGGUGGAUCCGUGUGACUCCCAGGCACUGGCCUUCAACCCAAGGAAAAAGGACUAUGACCGAGUGAUGAGAGCCCUUGACAGCCUUACAUCUAUCAGAGAAAUGUCCCAGGCACCUUACCUGGAGGUCAAGAGGCAGAUGGACAAGCAUGAUCCUUUAGCUCACCCUUUACUACAAUGGGUGAUAUCCAGUAACAGAUCACACAUCGUCAAACUACCAGCUACCAGACAACUGAGGUUCAUGCACACGCCACACCAGUUUCUUCUGCUCAGCAGUCCUCCUGCCAAAGAGUCCAACUUCCGAGCUGCCAAGACCCUCUUUGGGAGUACCUUCGCUUUCCAUGGUUCUCACAUAGAGAAUUGGCACUCCAUUUUGAGGAACGGUUUGGUGGUUGCAUCCAACACAAGACUUCAGCUCCACGGCGCCAUCUAUGGGAGUGGAAUCUAUAUCAGCCCAAUGUCAAGCAUAUCCUUUGGUUACUCAGGGAUGAACAAAAAGCAGCAGAAAGUUGCUUCGAAGGACGAAACUGCUACAAACAAGACCAACUUACAUUUGCAGUCAACAAAGAAAGGACAGCAGCCCCAGUUUUUGCAAAGUCGGAACCUGAAGUGCAUAGCCUUAUGUGAAGUAAUCACAUCCCCUGAUCUGCACAAACAUGGAGACAUCUGGGUCGUUCCCAAUGCACUUCACGUCUACGCUUUAACGCCUUCUUCUUUGUGUGAAGUAGGACUAAACAUUAUGAAGAUGGCCAGGUGGGAGACACGAGCAUCACCUCCACAAGACGCUAUCCAUCGAGAGAUCCUGCGAGUCAUCGGCAACCAGACCGCCACGGGAUGA